UGGGCAUCGCUGCAGGAAAGGUUAGGUCCGGAUGCAGGGGCCGUCGGUUUCGAUCAGCGCAAGUUCCUUUUCAGUGACAUCGUUUCUUUCGGGGCGGACGAUAUUCGGGCGUUGAAAAUGGCCUCCGUGUUGCCCGGCGACAUCAUCUAUAUCAUCUUGGAUAUCUUGGGGGAUGAGAAAGACUACAACAGCCUGUUCCAAUGCGCGAUAUCAUCGAGAUACUUCACGGAACAUGCACUGGCGGUGCUGUAUAAGCUGUGUGAUACUUCGCCCGUGAGGGGCGGAGGAACUGAGGAUGAGCAUUUCAGGACGAGGAGAGUGGCUGGUCCCCUGGGCCAUUGGGCCGGGGCACGCAGCGAGCAGGAUCCGACGAUUCGCAAAUGGGCCUUGCUGUGGCGAUCCAUCGUCCUGUCGACUCUCGAUCAGACAUACCUCCCUUACUACAGCUAUGUCCGCUAUCUGGAUCUCGAUGACUUCGGGGAUCUCCUUAGGGACCCUGGGUUCACGACGAAGACUAAAGAGGACUUUUUUACGCCGGAGAUAUUGGAUUUCGUGUCCUACGGCUAUCAAUCUAAAGGGAAUAAGCGACUCCGCUCAUCGAGAGUCUACCCUGAUAACGAUUGGAUCAAAAUAAAGGUUGGCACAGCAAUCGUGAAGAAGACGACGUCGAUCCGGGGGAUAUCUUGCAACGUUCCACCCGAAACCCUCACCGGGUGGCUCGAUGGGUUGCCCUUGCUGCAAUCUCUGACCAUAUGGUCCGGGGAUGCUCUGAGCCAACAUGCCGGUGACAAACUCCGCAACCACUGCCCUGAUUUCAAGCAGCUUACAAUAUACGGAUGGAAGAACGACCCACCCAGAAACGCGGAGGCAGACUCCGAGGUCUUUUUGAAUGAAUUGCGCCCUGAUACGCUGGAGUACUUCGAAGUCCUCAGCUAUUCUCAACUAGGGCCUCGCUCGAUCAAAUCCAUAGGCUCACACCUGAAUUCCCUGACAGAGUUGAAAUUGACGAGCCUCACCAUAGAAACCAUUGCGGAACUGCCUUCCUUGACCGCACCACCAGCGUUGAAAGUCUUGGUGCUGACAGACUCCAUCCCAGCUGCGCCGGACGAGAACUUUUAUUCCACCGUCACACGGGUUGCUGAAUGGAUAUGCACAUGCAGAUCAUUGCGACGCCUCGAGCUCAGGCGAUUCGUCGAUGAUUCGACUCUGCUGUCGCAGGUUCUAGCCGAUGAAGGGGUUCGCCUGACCAGUCUAUCCUUGGCCGGGUAUACAAUGGCCGGCAGCCAUGCAUUCCACGAAGCGCUUGCCUGUCAGCAGACACUGCAAAUGCUUUACCUUCGCGGUGAAGGGGGCGAAUUUCCCCAGGAUAACGAAUUGCUUGUGCAAGCGAUUGCCCAGCUCCACGACCUCCGGGAAUUAGAGCUGAAGGACAUAUCGGACGGCUUUACCCCGGACCACGUAAUCGCGCUGACGCCAUCUCUCCCCCUCCUGGAGCGGCUCUGGAUCAGCGGCGACUUCUUCGACGACGGGGCGUUGACUGCCUUCCUGUGUCUACCCAAGCUUCAGAGUCUGGCGAUCCAUGCCUUCAGCAAGUUCACCGCUGAUGGCAUUCUUGGGUUUAUUGCACAGCUGGGGUCUGGUAAUCGAGGCUUCAACCUGACUAUUCUGAAUGCGGUGGAUAGCACUCUCACCGAAGACGCGCAAACCGUGAUUCGAGACACCCUGCGAGUGAGUCUCGAUGGGUCGUUCGAUUAUGGCCUUGCGCAAGAGGAAUUUAGCGACACGGAUUCUGAAGAAAUGUCGGAUUGAGCGUUGGGUAGCAGGCGUUGGGAAUAGAUUGUGCAGGACUAGGAUAGGAGCUAAUGAUCGUCUCCUCUGGGCAAUUGAAAUUGUGCAAUUCUAGCGAUUUUCGGGGUCCUUUUUCUUGACUGUUGUAUUUAAUUUGAAGAGCGAUCAAAUUUCCG